UUGCUGCCCAUCUUUCGCCGGAUCGAAACCGACACCGACUACGGCAAUGACGACUUCCACGGCGGCGACGGUCCCAUCGUGAUGCACCGCUUCGCCCGCGAGACCUGGCUACCCGCCCAGAACGCCUUUAGCGCGGCCUGCGUUGCCGCCGGAUUCCCCGAAACCUGGGACCACAACCACCCCGACUCCUACGGCGUCGGACCCACUCCGUUCAACAACCCGAACGGUAUCCGUAUGAGCACCAACCUGGGCUAUCUUUCCGAAUCGCGACACCGCCUCAACCUUACCAUCAAGGCCAACUGCCACGUCCACCGUAUCCUGUUCGACGGCAACAAGGCCACCGGGGUGCAGUUGGAGUCCGGUGGAGAAACAUUCGUUGCCGAGGCAGACCAGAUCGUCCUCAGCAGCGGGGCGAUCGGAUCCCCCCACAUCCUGAUGCUCUCCGGCAUCGGCCCGGCCGCCCACUUGCGUCAGGUCGGCAUUCCCGUUAUCCAGGAUGCGCCCGGCGUUGGUCAGAACCUCCGCGACCAUCCAACUGUCUGGUGCACGUGGCGCACCAAACCCGAUUUCGAACUCGACGGCUUUGCGCCGCGAUCCCAGUUAUCCCUCCGCUAUACCGCCGAGGGCUCACCCCUGCGUAAUGACAUGAAAAUCAGCAUGCAGUCCUUCGCCACCGAGCGCAUCAACCGCGGCGGCAAUCGCAUGGAGCCCCUGGGCGUUCGCAUGACUACCGGCAUCCAGCUGGCAGCGGGCGCUGGUCACAUGGAAUUGCAGUCCUCCGACCCGUAUCAGCAGCCUUUCCUGGACUACAACUACCUCAGCGAAGAAUCAGACCGGGUUCGCCUCCGCGACUCAGUUCGCCUGUGCCUGCAACUGGCCGAUCAUCCCGAGUUCCAGGCCAUGAUCCAGGAACGAACCGAGCCACCCGCCGACGCUGUCGUCAGCGAUGAAGCUCUCGAUGCCUGGAUUGCUCGCGAAGUCACCACCUCGCAGCACAUCUCCGGCACUUGCAAAAUGGGUCCGGACAACGACCGCAUGGCCGUGGUCGACCAGUUCGGCAAGGUCAAGGGCAUCGAAAACCUUAGGGUCGCCGACGCCAGCAUCAUGCCCAAUUGCAUCCGCGCCAACACCAACGUUUCUUCCAUGACCAUCGGCGAGAGGGUCGCCGAAUUCAUCAUCGAAGGCCGUUAG